AUGGCAUGGGAAUUGCAAUAUUUCAAAGAUCGUAUCGUAUGGGAAUGCCAGAAUGGCGGUCAUAAAUGGAUAGAUCCGAAUGCACCGCCCAAUCCAUCGACCGUUCCACCAAAGACUCUUCCCACAACUCUGCCACCUGCUUUCUGCAAUCAAGGCGUUAAUAAUCUAGUUCUAAUCUUUACUGGCUGCCUGAUUAUUGACUUUGUUCUGAUGCUCUACAUGUUUUUCCUCUUGUGGAGAUUCCACACUAGGCUGCGUCACUAUUCGGUGACUUGUGAAGACUUAUACGGAUGA